CUUAAAUUACAAACAAAAAAAAAAAAACAGAAAAAAAUUACUCCGAAAAACAGAAAAAAUUACUUAGAAAAACAGGGCUUUUUUAUUUGUCAAGUGAAAGUAAUACGCUUCCGUAGAAUUGUGCCUGAGUACUGUACUUGAGUGAAAGUACUUAGUUACUUUGCACCACUGAAUAAGAGGUCAUUCUGAGGUCAUUCUGACCUGCACUCUGUCCCCCUGUGUGUGGGAGAUGAAUAACUGAGAUCAUGACUGACUGAAUAUGUGCUGUGUUCUCUAAAUCAGAUGUGCAGCGGUGAUUUUAUCGCUCAGUUGGAGACUGUUUAUUUAUGAUAUCUGCUGAUGAGUUACACAGUCAGUUCAGGGGCCGGUUUCAGAACGUCAGACUUAACAAACAUGAGUCUAACCUUGAACUCUGAGUUAGUUUUUGGUUUCAGAACAGCUGAUCAGAGUCAGUUUAGUUUACUCUGAGUAUUUUCUAUCUUUAAGUGUUGAAUGAAAAAAGCCAUCAUCAGUGGAGCUCUGAUACAACGAUUCACCAUGGCAACAGGUCAAGAAAAGCAGGGAGCCCAGCUGGGCUGCAGGAAGCUACUGAAAAUGGUGAAGGUGUUUCGCUGUCCGGACCGUCAUGGCUACGCUGUGGAGGUGUCUCCGUUCAUACCCAACAGAGUGGCCUGUGCUGUCUCCCAGUACUAUGGCAUAGCUGGUUGCGGCACCCUCCUGGUUCUGGAUGAGACAGAGACGGGGGUUGAUCUCGUGGGAAGAUGGGAGUGGAGUGACGGUCUGUUUGACGUAGCAUGGAGCGAAGCCAACGAGCACGUCGUGGUCGCUGGGGGAGGAGAUGGCAGCCUUCAGCUGUGGGACACAGCCAAUCACAGCGCUCCUCUGAGAGUGGCCAAAGAACACACACAAGAGGUGUAUGCUGUCGACUGGAGUCAAACCAGAGGAGAGAACUUCAUCGUCUCCGGGUCGUGGGAUCAAACCGCUAAAGUUUGGGACCCCGCUCUCAGCCGAUCACUGACCACACUCAGGGGUCACGAAGGGGUCAUCUACAGCACCAUCUGGUCACCUCACAUCCCAGGAUGCUUUGCUUCAGCCUCAGGUGACGGGACGCUCAGGGUUUGGGAUGUGAAGAGCGCUGCGUGUCGACUGGCCGUCCCAGCACACAAGGCUGAAAUCCUCAGCUGUGACUGGUGCAAAUACGACCAGAAUAUUGUGGCCACAGGCUCAGUAGACUGCAGUGUGUGUGUGUGGGACCUGAGGAACGUCCGACAGCCUGUCAAUCAACUAAGAGGGCACACCUACGCCAUCCGCAGAGUCAAGUUUUCUCCGUUCAGUAAGGCCGAGUUGGCAUCCUGCUCAUAUGAUUUUACUGUCAGGUUCUGGGACUACAGUAGGAACCAGCCUCUUCUGGACACUGUGGAACAUCACUCAGAGUUUGUCUGUGGACUAGACUUCAACCUGCAUAUCCCCAACCAGGUGGUGGACUGUUCCUGGGAUGAGACGGUGAAGAUCUACACACCUGCCUGCCUGACUGCUGGAACACACAGUACAGCACCAUAAAACACGCUCAUAAGUACUACUGUACUUCUGAGGACACUGGAUUGAGAUUCAUGAAUUGCCUUAACAAUGGCCUUAACCCAGGGGUUGCCAAACAUUUUCCUGUCCGCCCCUCCGAAAUACGAACCUACCCUGCAGAGAAAUUCCGCAAUAUUGCUGCAACAAAGACCCUUAAUUACACCAACUUUGUUUUUUUACACAGAACCAAGCAAUGCCAGCAGAAUAGCUGCCUAACCCCAGUGCUUACUCUUACAUCUGCCCUUAAUGUAACUCUUAACUUAAACUUAAAUCUAAACCCUGAAAAUAACAGUUUACCUUGUGCUGUCACCAUGGCAAUACCAGUCAUUUCCGUUAUUGUCGACUCGGAGGGUAAGGAGUAUCCGGACCUCUGGCUUCCCAUUUUGCGGACAGUUUUGGUAACUGUUUUUCCGCUUUGAGUUAGCCGCUAACUGCUGCUAGCUGCUUUUUAAAUCAGCCAUUGGUUUAGUUUAGUUUAGUUUCAUUUAGGAUCCCCAUUCGCUGCAGCUAUUCUUCCUGGGGUCCAUGGUGGGUCGCACACAUAUCAUGUCAUCAAAAUGUUACACUUGUCGCGUCCUGUUGACUCAAACUUUUUACACAGACAUUGAUUCGGUGCUGGUACGACCUGCGCUGCUGGUUUAAAGGCAAGGAUAUUCUUUACCUCUUAUACAGGACAAUGAGGCAGAAUAAAGGUGCAACGUUGCCGCCUUGAACAGGCAGUGUAAAGAGGCAACUAACACAUGUAGCUGCUUUGAAUUUCCAAUAUUGUUGAAAUAAUGACAAUGAAUUCUACUGAAAAAAAAAGAGAAAACAAUAACUGAUUUUCACAGUGCUGCCAUCAGAGUAAAGCAACAUCCUUUCUUUUCUGAAGUUUUGUGCACAGUCUCAAUGGAGUCACUUAAUUAUUUUAUAAUCUGUAUUUAAAGUCGUUAAGAGUCAUUCACAUCCACAGAUCUACAAAGAACCAACAAUUAAACUGUCAGGAUUUCGUGCAGAACAUUUUAACAGGGACUGAAAAUUAGGACCAGUCCUGCUGACAUUAAAAGAAGAAAAAGCAUUUUACUUAAGUACCACGUUUCAGGGAGAAUCUGACACAAAGAGCACUAUGUUUGCAUCUUGGUAACAAAUCAGAGCAGCACAUCCCACUGCAGAAAAAAUAGAUAUGUUAAGGAAGCAGAGAUAAAUAAAGGUCUGCAUCAAACCCCAUCAAAUUUUCUCAUACUUACCUGACACAUAAACAUCUCCAUGCUUUUCUCACAGAGCUUCUAUAUUGUGCAUCUAUUUGUCUAAAUUCAAAUGGGAGCCACUGCUCUGACUGUAACCAUAACUGCUAGCUGCCUAACCCCAGUGCUUACUCUAACGUCUGACCUUAACCUAAUUUCAAUCCUAAACUUGAAAUCAAAUCUAAACCCUGAAAUAAACAGUUUACCUUGUGAUGUCCCCCGAUGUAAGUCUCCAGAUAGGGUCCCCACAAUAUGAUAAAAACACAAAAACAUACACGUACUUACACACACACAUUAUCAGCAGCACGCUUUGAAAAUUUCACAAGAUGCACUGUUAUUUAAUUUUCAUACUGAAACGAUUCAAAAUGUUUAAUUCAGGCUUGAUUAAGUUGUGUUGGUGUUUCUGUGAAUGAAUAAGUGUGAUCCUUAAUAUCCAUGUCAUUAUCUGCCGCUCCUUUAUCUCACUGAUAUUCUGUUUAACUCGAGGGACAAAAUGUCAACUGUGACUAAUUUAACCCCUGAAAUGUCAUCAGUGUAGAUAUGGUGUUGAUGAUGAUCUGUAUGUGCCUUCAAUAAAGAUGUAAAUAUCACAUGAAGAUGAUGAUAUCAUCGAGA